AUGUCUACAUAUAGGGGAAAGAUUAAAGGAAUAGAUUGCGGUCCGGAAGCAAACCAAUGGUUUGAGACAUUUUUAGGCAGACCUGGAGUACGACUACUACAACAUCACCACAGCUUUGACUUCAGAGACAGCAAUACAUAUGAUCGUCGCAAUGAUGACAAAGACUAUCCAAUUAUAUAUCACAACAAAUCAAAUGUUCAUUUGAUUAACGAGAGCUCAAUCAGUGAUUUGAAUUCCCGAUUACCUGAGGGCUCGGAUCAGACAAACGUCUUGGAAAUGAAUGCUUCCCUCGAGUGGCCAAUCGGGGCAUACAUUGAGACGACUGUCCGCCUCUUUAGGCGACUCUUCCGACUCGAGUUCACUGUAUUCGAGGAUCCGUUCAACUGA